AUGAUCACCCGACAAGCUCGUGACAUCGAGGAGGAGGGGGGAACGGCUUUCCCAGAACUAACGACACUUACAGAGCCGCCUCUACAAGGUGUAAGUCCCGCACUUCGCAAACGGCAAGCACCCCAUGGUGCGCUGCGCGGAACCAUCUUGGCUCUCGUCUCACUCGGUGUAGCCGUGCUGGUCUUCUUAUGUGCUCACCACAUCAGCUCGCGUCGCCUUGCAGACAGACACACUUGGCGGCAGCUCGCCGAAUCCUCUUCAGGAGGAAGUCCCUCUAGAGACGGCGAAGCGGGAGAAAGUGAACAGUGCGAAGUGGCAGCAGCAGUGGGAGUUCAGGAGACGCCAGCUGCUGCAGAAGCUGGAGAGGCGGCAGGCGGCGCGCCCGUCCCAGCUGAAGCCCCGGCAAGCGAAGAGCCCCCCUCAGAGGCGGCGCAGAGCACUGAGACACCAGCCCCAGAGGCUCCUCCAGAGCCUUCUCCCAAGCCAGAGGCGGGCCCUGCACCUCCUGAAGCUGCAGUUUUCCAGGUGCCCCAAACCUCGCCUCCUAGGAAACGAAAGGCGAAGACAAAGCACUUGGAGCCGCCAACACCACCGUACGAGCCUUGGGGUAGAUGGGGAACUGAGGAAGCGCCUGGUUCUCCGCCUCAAAGCCAGCCAGCGGGAGACUCUCCCCUUGUUCGCCUCUUGACAGGACAAGGGCAGGCCUCCGUGAUAAGAAUACCACAGCCAGAACAGAGGCCUUCUCAGGACUCGCCCGCAGAAGAGCCGCGGGGGGCUGCAGCCCCGGAGCCAACUCCCCCUGGAGUGGGCUCUGCUUCCCAGGCAGCUGGCGAGGCUGCUGCAGGUGCUGCAGGACCGGAGCCCGGGCCUGCGCAUGUGUUUGCUAUGCCCCUAACUCCUCCGUCGCCGGAGCUGGGAGACCAGCGGCCUCGAAAAAGAAAAGCAAAGACAAAACACUUGGAGCCGGAGCUCAUUAAGCGGCAGCGCGGAGAAGCGUCGAAACCUGCACCGGAAGCUCCGCCGCCUGGUGCCGAAUUCCCAGAACUUUGGCAGGAGCAACAAAGUAUUCUUAUGCGGCUCUUGACGAAGCCAAGCCAGCCCAGCGAUCUGAGCACUAUACCAGAAGAUAGGCCACUAAAGGACCUCUCCAGGCCUCUUACUAGCCCGUUGGGUCUUCUUGGGGCAGCUCUAUCUUACUUGCCCACUCAAAGGCCAACGCUGAACUUUCCGUCGCCCCGGACACCCGAUGAAAAUGCAGUAGAAGGCCAAAUGUUCAAGUUGGAGGGUCUUAAGGAGGCGCUGGCCGAAACACUGGAGGAAGCUGAAGAACUUGAAGUUAUAGGUGACUUACCAGCCUCAGUUUCGCUGUCAUGGUUUAUGCAGAAGCUAACAGCCAGACUGGAAGAUGAAAUGCAGAGCGCUGGGCUGCUUCUUACAGAGGGCACUUUGCGCCUGUCGCCUGACAAAGCAGCAUUAGUCUGGCAAUACAUGGACUCGCUCAAAGUUGAUCUUACAGAUGCAUACGGUUUCAUUGAUCGCACUUCUAAACAGGCCGAGAGAAGGCCGCAUGUGGAGCCGCCACCCUUCCCAAUCCCUCAAAAAGAGGUCGACGUUGGCAAGCGGGUGCUUGUCUUGAAGUUGGCAGUGAUGAGGGUGGGAAUGGCCGUGAGGGAUUACGGGUCUACGCCAAGUCCUCGUGCAAGAAAGUCGCUAAGUCGGGUUGUGGAUAUGGCGAAGACUUUGCUUUCAACGACGCAAGAGUUUGUGGGCAGCCUACGACAAAGAAUACAGAGGUCUGCUGCUCAAUGGAUUCGGAACUAUGCUGAGGUUUUGCAGAAUUUAGCGGAGAACGCUGAAGAGUUGCUCGAGAAGGGCCCCAAUCCAGAGGAACCUCAUCGACCGUAA